GUGAGCCUGAAGGACACUGUGGAAAGCUUGAGGCAGAAGAACUUUGUCGAUUUCUGACAUGCGAUUUGAAGGUGAAAGUGAGGAAUCAAGAGAGAUGACUAGUGGAGAAGGAAAGGUGGUCUGCGUGACUGGAGCUUCUGGGUUCAUAGCUUCUUGGUUGGUGAAGCUCUUGCUCCAACGCGAUUACACUGUCAAAGCAACAGUUCGUGACCCAAAUGAUCCAAAGAAGACACAACACUUGCUUUCACUUGAUGGAGCUAAGGAAAGGCUUCAUUUAUUCAAAGCAGACUUAUUGGAAGAAGGGUCUUUUGAUUCUGUAGUUGAUGGAUGUGAUGGAGUUUUUCAUACUGCAUCCCCAUUUGCAAUGGAUGUCGUUAACCCCCAGGCAGAAUUGAUUGACCCUGCAUUGAAGGGAACCAUCAAUGUCCUAAGGUCCUGCGCAAAAUUUCCAUCUGUGAAAAGAGUGGUCGUAACAUCGUCUAUGGCUUCGGUUGUAUUCACUGGAAAACCUCUCACUUCUGAGGUGCUAAUCGACGAGAGUUGGUUUUCAGAUCCAGUGUUAUGCAAGGAAUCGAAGCUAUGGUACGUGCUUUCAAAGACCUUAGCUGAGGAGGCUGCUUGGAAGUUUUCAAAAGAGAAUGGGAUUGACAUGGUCACGAUAAAUCCAGCAUGGGUGAUUGGUCCUCUCAUACAGCCUACUCUUAAUUUAAGUGCAGAGCUGGUUCUGAACCUCAUAAAUGGAGCUCAAACAUUUCCCAAUAGAUCAUACCGGUUGGUUGAUGUUAGAGAUGUUGCCAAUGCACACAUUCAAGCAUAUGAGAUCCCAGAAGCUAGUGGAAGAUACUGCUUGGUAGAGAGUGAUUUACACUGUUCCGAGACACUGAAGAUUUUGCACAAGCUCUACCCUGAUUUACCCCUACCUGAAAAAUGCGCUGAUGACAAACCUUAUGCACCAUCCUUCCGCGUAUCCCAGGAGAAAGCAAAGAGCUUAGGAAUUCACUUCACUCCUCUGGAGGUGAGCCUGAAGGAUACAGUUGAAAGCUUGAAGGAGAAGAACUUUGUCAGUUUCUGACUCAUGGAAUUUACUGCUAGCCAUGCAAAUAAAUCAUAAACUAAUGGUGUUUUCCUGCUAAUUCUAUAGUUAUGAACCCAUGAUUUGCUGGCUUUUGGGGCUUUUAUCUUGUAAUAUUUGAUUUUAAGCAUUUCUUAUACUAGAAAUUGGUAUCUGGAUCACAAGUUUCCCAAUUCAAGUUUUCUAUUUGUACUA